GUCAGUCCUGUAAAGGUACCUUGAUCUAUCUCCAAUAAAGCACAUUAUACAAUAUAGGGAUAAACCGUUUUUAAAGUACAUGUGCUGAACACAAAUCCCUUUCGAAACGAGUGAUUCCCUGGUAUAGGACGCAAAGGUGGCCAACGAAAUUCAAGAUCAACGUUAAACCCUGCCAGUUUGAUUUCAGUGUCAGUGCAACAGAACGAAACAAGGCGUUUGGACGAGUAUCGAAGCAGUUUAUCUCGAUAGAUUCAAUUCCCAGCCACUGGACCCGCCAUCUCUGGACGACCACCCUGCAACAGGGAUCCUCGCCCGAUGGAACGGUGGUAUAUCGAUGACGUCAAAUGCGGCAGUGCACGGCGUCGUUGCAGUUCGUCGGGACGCAUGCGUCUCUCAUCGAUCGAUGCGCGUCGUCGCUCGAGCUUUUCACCCGCGCACCUCACACGAGGCGCAAAGCGACCGAAAGCAGAACACGCGCGCGACUAGCCUCGUCCUGCGGUAAAAAGAACACCGUGACUCGAACUCGCGAGAAACUCUGACGUGUGAGUUCGACAUCUCGCGAUGCGAAUCCUCGUCUGGCCUUGAGUGUCGUCGGAAUUGUCAGAAUUUCGCCGUUCGACCUAAAGUUCCUAAAAGAUCGUCGCGAUACCAUAAGAAAAGGGAAAUUUGAGGGCGACGAUAGGUCGAUCCGUCGACAGCUGGGCCACGAUCAAAGUAAUGGAGGAUAACUGUUGAAUUUCUCGUUUCCAUGGAACGCAUCGAAUGUGUCGCUUGUGGUACGUACAGUCCGCGAAAUCUGUAACGCGAGAUAUCGAUAAAGCGCCGAUGCCCUCAACCGCAGGGACCGUAGUUACAGUUUGACUAUACACAACGAAGAGGGAGGCGGAGCAGUGCGCGCUGAACGCUACGACGAUGAUGUAGGCCACGCACGGUGUCCAGCUGCGACGAGAUACCUAUCGUAGGAUGUAACAAACGCCCAUAACCCCGUCGACAUCGGGAUCGUCUUGGUGAUCGAAGAAAUCGGGCGCGAUGCCUAAGCAAGUGCCAGUGGAGAACCUGGUGAUCCCGCCGCAAGAUGGACGGAUCUGCGGGACGAUUUGCAUAUGCCAGAUGACGGCCGUUCUGUCCUCCGUUGCGCUGGUCUAUCUGACGGUGGCCAUAUACAUGCCCAGCACCAGAGCGUUCAAGUCGGGCAUCAGCGAGGUGCCAGUGAUGUGCACGACGAUACGGGCGGUGAACGCCGACAAUUGUGACUGGGGCAGCUGCGGUGAGUGGUGUCUGUCGAAAACCUCCGGGCCCUGCGUGCAGAUUCACGUGAAUCUUCGCAGAAACGGCUCGACGAUACUCUUAGCGAACUGCACGAACACUACCAACAAGACUUGUUACGGGAUCGAUCAAGAGAACGCGAAGAAAUCGAAAUGCAUCGCGGACGAGUGCCGUAACCUCACGGGCACGUUCAAUUGUUCCUCCGGGGUGUGCAUCAAUAUCACAGACGCAUUCGAGUGUAUAUUCCACGAUACAGAUCCGCCGAUGAAGUGUUCCGGUAGACGCGGCAAGAUCACUUGCAUAGACAUAGACGGUUUAUUCAAUUGUAAUCGCGGCACCUGCGAGCGAAUCAGAACCCCGUACAACUGCGAUCGCAGGUGCGUCGACAUUCCUACCAGAAACAAGAACAUGAUACUGCUGAGCGGCGACAAGGUUUACCUAAGUCAAUGCGAGAGAGCGAUAGACGUGCUGAGCAAUCGAGAAAUUUGGCACGAGGAUCGCGGGGACGUAAUGAUGGCGUCCUGUUACGGAAUGUUCAAUUCCACCCUCGGCGUCGAGGCCGUGGACUGCAUCAACGGUUCCGUCCUUGAGAAGGACCUUCUCACCGAUCUGACCAAUUUCACCUACCUGUCCUACCUCAACAUAUUCGCUACGAAACCGUUAGACGAGACCAGAAUGGUCGCGCCGCCCGAGCAGGAUCUGAUCAUCGCGAACGAAAGCCGUCUGCUGAUCAAUCUCGAGGGUUGCGUGAACACCCUCCGCGAUGAGUGCCGGGACUUUCUUCACGAAUACGGCAAAGACGGCUCCGACCAUAACGCACGCGCCAGAUUUCCCUGUUACUAUGCCGAGGGUAACACCGGCGUGGUCGUGUCCCGUUUCAACUUGGAGAACACGUACAAGGAGUUCCUGGUCGCGUUGCUGUUGCCGAGUAUCCUCUUCGUCGUCAGUUGCCUGACGUUGAUCUUUUGUCAAAGGACCGUUGUGGUCGGGGACGACGCGAAAAUGAGAUUCAAGGGCACGGCCGGUUCGGCGAUAGAGAAGAGCGCUUCGGGUAACCUAGGGGAUGCUGGCGGAGGAAACUCUGCUAUGGCGCUCUGAGAUCCGUCACGCAUUCCCCUCCUGGAGGAGAGUCCGGCUCGUCAGUCGAUAUUCUCCCUGCGCGGGCAUUAUUAAGGUGUGGGGAGGGGGGGAACGCGUGGUUAAAAUUCUCAUAUUGCAAAAAAUAAAUAAA